CUGUCACGUGAUGAACGAACGACUCAAACCCGAAAACUUGUCAGAUAAGAGGCGAGGUGAGCGAAUCAUAGACUAAAGACCCAGGUUGUGAAUGAAGAUGCAUUUCUCCACGCUUCUUGGUUUGUUCAUCUUGUUGUCUGCUCUGUCAAGCUCUUAUGCUGGUAAAGUUCUGGUCGUUCCUGUGGAUGGAAGCCACUGGAUCAAUAUGAAGGUCCUUAUUGUGGAGUUACAUGCAAAGGGCCACAACAUCACAGUAGUCCGAGGUUCUAGUAACUUGUAUAUUGAGGAACAGUCUGCUCUCUACACCUCUAUUACUGUGAACACUGGUGAACUUGAUAAAGGUUUCACAGAGAAGUUUCUCCCUCACCUACUAAAAACGCAGAGACAAGGCAGAUCAUUUUGGAGUGAAAUGGCACUUGCUGAUGAAGUUUAUAGGAAGCUUUCAGAGUUUCAUCAGAAAGUAUGCAAUAUGACAGCUGCCAUUUUUGAAAAUGAGACCUUGAUGAAAUCACUGAAAGAUGCAGCAUAUGAUCUUGUUCUUACGGAUCCUGCUUUUGGAGGUGGAGUGUUAUUGGCACACCGUCUUGGCCUCCCUCUUGUGUUAAAUGUCCGUUGGACGAUGUAUGGAGAAGCCCAUUUUGAUAUUGCUCCAUCUCCCCUCUCAUAUAUACCUGUUACAGGGUUACAGCUAACUGACAAGAUGACAUUCAGUCAGAGAGUAAAGAACUUGUUGACAUAUAUAAUGGCUCUUCAUACAGCUUCCAAGUACUUUGGUUCUAUUUACCAAGAGUUCUCCCAGAAAUAUUUUGGACCUAAUGUUGAUUUCAUCUCCAUUCUCCAGAAUGCAGAUAUCUGGCUCAUGAGAAAUGAUUUCACUUUUGAGUUUCCACGACCCACAAUGCCAAACAUUGUCUACAUGGGUGGCUUCCAGUGUAAACCCGCCAAGCCACUUCCAGAUGACCUUGAGAAGUUUGUGCAGAGUUCUGGAGACCACGGAGUGAUCAUCAUGUCUUUAGGAAGUGUUUUUGGUCAACUUCUGAGUGAAAUCAAUGAUGAGAUUGCUGCAGCUUUUGCCCAGCUACCCCAAAAGGUUAUUUGGAGACACACAGGACCACGACCUGCCAAUCUUGGUAAUAAUACUCUGAUUAUGGACUGGCUCCCACAGAAUGACCUGCUUGGCCAUCUUCAAACUAAACUGUUCGUAGCACAUGGAGGCACCAAUGGAGUUCAGGAAGCCAUCUACCAUGGGGUGCCUAUUGUGGGCAUUCCUUUAACUUUUGACCAACCUGACAAUCUCGCCAGGAUGGAAGCAAAGGGAACAGCAAAAGUUGUAGAUAUUGCAACUCUGGACAGGACUGUGUUUCUAGAAGCAUUAAAGGAGGUUUUGCAUAACCCGUCUUACAAGGAGAACAUGCAGAGACUGUCCAAGCUGCACCAUGACCAGCCGGUGAAACCUCUUGAUCAAGCUAUCUUCUGGAUUGAGUUUGUCAUGAGGAAUAGAGGAGCUCCUCAUUUGCGAACACAAGCUUACAGAAUGUCCUGGAUUGAGUACCACUCCAUAGAUGUUAUUUUGACUUUAACAGCAACACUUCUCAUUUUUGCAUUUGUCACUGCAUAUGUACUUAGAUAUCUUUUUAGAGUUUGUAUCAAAAAUAAAUUAAAACGUGAGUGAUGCACA